AUGUCAAAGGUUAAACGUUUUCGGAAUCCAUUAAAAUCAGCUCAUGGACCAUAUGAUGCUCCUGGACGUUCUUCAUCAUCAACAACUCCAGCCCCGUCACUUGCUAUAGAGCCCUCACUUUCGUUACAAGUUCCCCCACAUGCUCCUACAAGUUCCUCAGUAGCUGAUGAAGUCCCACAACAAGAACAAGCACCGACUCAGCCUUCUUAUCCAAGUGCAAUGCCCAUACGCCAUCAUGGACACUCAAACAACCCUACCAAACACAUUAAGAUCAAGGUCAAUGAGGUCAACAACCUACAUAUCGGAGAACGCAUCAUUGUGGACUUUGAUAACUACGAUGCAGCAUAUGGGGAAGCGCAAGGGUUGUUCGCUGGAUAUUGUGGAUUACUGGCUAUUGACGGUAAUUUCUUCCCAAUUAAUUUUAACAGGUGGUCAGGACCGUCAGUCAUUCCUAAAAAAUACAAGGAAGACUGCUUUGAAACAAUGCUAAAGUCUCGGUUCUUUUUUAGGACUACUAAUGCCAUUGCAUACAGAUAUUGCAAUGCUAGUUUGAACAAGAAAUGGGCUAUACAUAGACAUAGGCUGUGGGAUGAAUUUUAUGACCCAGCCAAAAGUAGAACUGAACUUUUAAGCAAUGUGCCACCGGGUAUAAAUAGAGAUCAGUGGGCUUAUUUUGUUGCUUAUCGUCUAAAAUCAUCAAUAAUUAGAAAAUCCUACUCGGGGAAAGAUGUUUAUCGAAACUCAUUGGAGAAAUCGAGAAAGGAUGGAUCAUUUAUAAAUGACGAGGCAAGGACUAUAGUGGAACAAAUUGAAUCGACUCAAGGCAAUAACAAUGAAUCUGAAAUUUCCACGGAUGAUAUUAUUGGCAAGGUGUUAGGGGCAGAGCAUUCUGGGAAGGUACGAUGUAUGGGUAUGGGAGCAGCUCCUUCAAAUACAUUCAAGAAUAUCAAGCAACAACUUAAUGAGCUGAACCAUUUUUCAUCUAGUUUCGGCGCAUCAUCUACAACUUUCAGCUAUUUGCAACAAGAGGUCACUCAUUUGAAGUCCCAAUUAGCAAGUACCUUAACUGCACUAAAAGCUUACAUGAUAUCAAAGGAAGGAAGAGUUUCUGAGCAAUUUACUGGUUUGUUUGCUCCUCAACCACAGGUAAGAAGAAUAUUAGGAGUUCUGUGCUUUGUGAUGUCUUCUGUGUUAUCUUUUAAUUUGGUCCGAUUAGACUAUUGCAAGGGAAAGAAGGAUGCAUAA